AUGAUUUUGGAAGUAAAUUUGGAGCAAAACCAGGAGAGACACUUGGCUUUAAAAUAUAACUGGGCGGCCGGGAGAGGUAGCACACUCCUGCCAUCUGAGCGCUUGGAAGCAGAGGCACUAGCAAUGGACGCCCAGAAAGAUGUUCAACCACCAAAGCAGCAGCCAAUGAUAUAUAUUUGUGGAGAGUGUCACACUGAGAAUGAAAUAAAAUCCAGGGAUCCAAUCAGAUGCAGAGAAUGUGGAUACAGAAUAAUGUACAAGAAAAGGACUAAAAGAUUGGUGGUUUUUGAUGCUCGGUGAAAUGAGGGCGUUCAGGAGUGUCUUCAUUCAUAUAUUUGCCUCAUUGAUGUUUCUCUUUAAUGUAUAGCGUUUAACUUAGUUUACUUAAUGACUACAACUGUAUACCUAUGAUUUCAUUUUAGAAAUGCAAUUGUAUUUUGAUACUUUGUAUAAAGGAAUUUUGGUUCAACAUAUGACUUAAUUUAUUGUUCUUGUAAUUCCUCACACAGUGAAGAUUAAAGUGUUUCCCCAAACCA